CUGCCGGGGAAGGCAUAGACAUGGCGGCGCUGCGGGUGGCGGUGCUGGGGUCGUUGGCGCUGCUGCUGGCCGGGGGAGGCCCUUGGGCCGCGGGGCAGAAGAGGAAGGAGAUGGUGUUAUCAGAAAAAGUUAACCAGCUGAUGGAGUGGGCCAGCAAAAGACCUGUUAUUCGAAUGAAUGGAGAGAAAUUUCGCCGCCUUGUAAAGGCACCACCAAGAAACUACUCAGUGAUUGUGAUGUUUACUGCCCUUCAGCCUCACCGUCAGUGUGUUGUAUGCAAGCAAGCUGAUGAAGAAUACCAGAUUCUGGCAAAUUCUUGGCGAUAUUCCAGUGCAUUCACCAAUAAGAUUUUUUUUGCUAUGGUGGACUUUGAUGAAGGCUCAGAUGUAUUUCAGAUGCUAAACAUGAAUUCAGCUCCAACCUUCAUUAACUUUCCAGCUAAAGGGAAACCUAAAAGAGGGGACACAUAUGAGCUUCAGGUGCGAGGUUUUGCAGCUGAGCAGCUUGCUCGCUGGGUAGCUGAUAGGACUGAUGUCAAUAUUCGAGUGAUGAGACCACCGAACUAUGCUGGUCCUCUUAUGUUGGGUCUUUUGCUGGCUGUCAUUGGUGGCCUUGUGUAUUUACGGAGGACCAACCUGGAUUUUCUGUAUAACAAAACUGGCUGGGCCUUUGCUGCUUUGUGCUUUGUACUAGCAAUGACAUCAGGUCAGAUGUGGAACCACAUCAGAGGGCCACCAUAUGCUCAUAAGAAUCCCCAUACUGGACAAGUGAACUAUAUCCAUGGAAGCAGCCAAGCCCAAUUUGUGGCUGAAACACACAUUGUUCUACUGUUUAAUGGUGGCGUUACUUUAGGAAUGGUACUCCUGCAUGAAGCUGCCACAUCUGACAUGGAUGUGGGGAAAAGAAAAAUAAUGUGUGUGGCUGGUAUUGGGUUGGUGGUAUUAUUCUUCAGCUGGCUGCUGUCUGUCUUCAGGUCCAAAUACCAUGGCUACCCAUACAGUUUUCUGAUGAGUUAAAGGAUUCCAGAGACCUCCAACGUCUGAUAGGUGUUGAAAUUUUGAAAUAGUGUAACGGAGCAGAAGAGCUAAAUGUGUGGUUCAUGCUACCUCUCUUUAAAUUGAAUGAGAUAGUUAAACACUGAACCAAAGAAGAUAAGUAGUGCCUUACUAUGACAAGCAAUUUGCUCUGAAAGACGCAUGGAGUAUUAAGAUGCAAUCUCUUUUCAUAAGCUUUACAUCAUGCUAAACAACUUUGUUUUUUAAAUAUUGAGAAAUAAUUUCUUGAAGUAACUAGAAACAGUACUUAAAUUUAGUUUGACAACAUGUUUUGCCAUGUUGCCAUGUUUCCUGCUCCUUCAGCAAUGUUCUUGUUGUUGUCGUCAUAUUUUUUUUCCUUUUCACUCGUUGGUGACAGCUUCUCUUUUCAACAUUUCUUUUUCCCCUUUCUCCGUGACUGUUUGAUGUGUGGGUCACACCACUUCAUAGAAGAGGAAGCCAAAUAUGUUCCUGCAGUCUCAGACCCUUGAAACAUGCACCAAUGUUCAGUGGCAAAUGUGCAUAUCCUAAGCCUGUUUCUCAGAUUGAAUAAUUUUGUACUUAACUGCAAUGCAGUGCAAGUGGUUGCCACCCACAGAGAGGAAGGGAAAGAUAUCAACAUAAAGAACUGAGAAUUGUAGGCAGCUAAAAUCAGGAUUUUAUCUAGACUGGCUUAAUAGUGAGAUUUUUCUGUCAGUGUUUGAGGCUUUAUUUUUCCUUAUCAAAAGGACAUCAGUAUUUAAUAAAAUGACCACAGUUUUUCUUGCAGUCUCAGUCUGAUCUUGCUAACAGGUUAAGGCAUAAUCCUGACUGAGAGCAUGUCAUUGUCGCUAAUCAGUUGGCGAGAUCCCUUUUCAAGUGCCUGGCAUCAAAGCUGUCUUGUAAAACUAUAAAUACUGAGAGACUGAGCCCAGGUCAGAACAAAACCCUAUAGAACACGAGGCACAAGGUUGGGAAUGUUCUGAACAUUUUCUUCCUCUUAAACAGCACAGCCUGAAAAACUAAUCUGAAAAAUGGUCCCAAAGGUAUUUAAUUGUGGCUGGUUAAAUUGGAUGGUCCUAACUAUAGUUUAAAAACAACUUGCUCAGAAAUUCUGACAGACUGGUAGACAAGUCAAGUCAUUUAGCUGCCAUCACCCAGAGUUGUAACAUUCCACAUCCUUCCUUUUUUUCCAUUUUCUUCAGCCUUACUAGAGGAGUUGGAAGGAGAAAUGGGAAUGAUCCCAGAAUAAACAUACUAUCCUAAUAGAGGUACAGUUAGCCUUAUCGUGAGGUGGGCACCAUUUCUGCCCAAUUCACUUUCUUGUUUCUGCUAGCAACCAGAAUCUGCCAUGGGGUUUUUUCCUUUCUUUUUCCUUUCCCCAAAGGACUGAGUGGGAAACUAGCUUCUCAUGCAUUUGGUCCAAACGGACUGAAUAGUGAUCAAAAGUUAAGAUAUUAGUGAAAAUUUUUAUACUGCGACUAAGUAACAACUGCAGCUUGAUACUACCUUGUGCUAGACAGGACAAAUGCUGGAGGUAACUUAUAAUAGAGAAUGAUAAAAAGAGAUUUUUCCCCCCACUCCUAUUGUCCUCUCUGUCCAAGGAGUGCGAGCAAUGUAGGAGUUUCCUUAGUGUGAACUGUUCACGAGACACUAGCAUUCAAACUAGAAUGUUGCUCUUAUGCAAGGUUGCUAAAUCAACUUACAUCUCAAGUGCCUUAAUUAUGCUAAUCUAGAACUUUUUGCUAAUAGUUUAGUUUAAAUAUUAUUGAGAUGCAUUUUAUACAGCCCAGAUAACAAGCCUCAGUGGCACAGAUAAUUACAUGAUUGACUUGAUUUUGGAUGGCUUUCAAUAAAAUGUUUUUAAGUGA